CCGGAUUCCUCGGCGCCUCCUGGACUCUAGCAGAUCGCGGCUGCAGGUGCGCCCUCCUCCUCCCCUCCCAGUGGCAGGUGGCCUGGCUCACCUGGGCAGGUGAAGAAUGCAUUUCCACGCCUCGCUGCAAUGAGGCCUGAGCUGAGUCUUGAAGACAGUGACACAGGGAUCAGCAGAAGCUGUGUGUUUGAGCCACAACAACUGUUCUAAGUUGAUACAGAUUGGCUACAUAUCCAUUGGGAGAAGAUGGCCCUCGCCUUGAAGAUCUGCUGCUUCACUCUUACGCUGCUUCCUCUGGUUGUAGCAACGCACUCAGACUGCAUCAUCCGAAAGGAGCAGGAAGCCUGUCUGGAGAAAAUCAGGAGAGCAAAUGCCCUCAGCCCGCUGAAUGAGUCCUCCCCAGGAUGCCCUGGGAUGUGGGAUAAUAUUACAUGCUGGAAGUCGGCGAACGUGGGUGAAAUCGUCUUUGUCAAGUGUCCCGCUUUGUUCAGAAUUAUUAGCUCUGAGGACGGUUGGGAAGUGGAUAACAUGGGGCAAACUCAUCCAGGUGAUUUUGACCUAUUGGAUAGCACAGGCCAAACUCCCUUAGAUGUUGGGGACAUCAGCAGAAACUGCACAGAGGAUGGCUGGUCUGAACCUUUCCCUCAUUAUUAUGAUGCCUGUGGAUUUGAUGAAAAUGAAACAGAGAGUGGAAACCAGGAUUACUACUACCUCUCCGUGAAGGCUCUGUACACAGUGGGAUACAGCACUUCCCUGGUAUCGCUCACCACCGCAAUGGUUAUCCUGUGUCGUUUCAGGAAGCUUCACUGCACUCGGAACUUUAUUCACAUGAACCUCUUUGUUUCGUUUAUUCUACGAGCAAUAUCGGUCUUCAUCAAGGACGGGAUUCUGUACGCUGAACAGGACAGCAACCAUUGUUUCAUAUCCACCGUGGAAUGCAAAGCAGUGAUGGUCUUUUUCCAUUAUUGUGUCAUGUCCAAUUAUUUCUGGCUGUUCAUCGAGGGACUAUACCUUUUCACUUUACUGGUUGAGACCUUUUUCCCAGAAAGGAGAUAUUUUUAUUGGUACACCAUCAUUGGCUGGGGCACCCCGACAAUUUGUGUCACUGUCUGGGCUGUGCUGAGACUUCACUUUGAUGACACUGGUUGCUGGGACAUGAAUGAUAACACCGCCCUGUGGUGGGUCAUCAAGGGGCCCGUGGUUGGAUCAAUAAUGAUCAAUUUUGUUCUUUUCAUUGGCAUCAUCGUUAUCCUUGUGCAGAAACUCCAGUCACCUGAUAUUGGGGGCAACGAAUCCAGCAUUUACUUCAGCUGCGUUCAGAAAUGCUACUGUAAGCCCAAGAGGGCUAACCAGCACUCUUGCAAGAUGUCAGAACUAUCCACCAUUACCCUGAGGCUGGCCCGUUCCACUCUGCUGCUUAUCCCCUUAUUUGGAAUUCACUACACUGUGUUUGCCUUUUCUCCUGAAAAUGUCAGUAAACGGGAGAGACUAGUGUUUGAAUUGGGACUGGGAUCAUUCCAGGGCUUUGUGGUUGCUGUUCUCUAUUGUUUCUUGAAUGGGGAGUUUCUCCCUAAAGGUGCAAUCAGAAAUAAAGAGAAAAUGGAGGAGCUGGAAAGUCAACCGGUACUUUGCUGUGGAUUUCAAACAUCGCCAUCCCUCUCUGGCGAGCAGCGGAGUGAACGGGGGGACACAACUCUCCAUUCUGAGCAAGAGCAGCUCUCAGAUUCGGAUGUCCAGCAUAAAUGCGGAGAAUCUAGCGACAUGAGCAACUAAAUAGCCAGCCUCCCCCACUAAAACCCAAACACCCCUAUAAAAAGAAAAAAAAUCAUAAUUUUGGUGGAGUGGGGUUUCUUUUUUAACGAUGAUGAUUAUGAUUUUUUUUAAAUGUGAAAUGUGUCCAAAAGCAUGAAACAAAACAUCCCUGGCAUUUUGCAGAGAAGAAAAAAAAAAGGAUAUUUUUUUAAUGAUCAUUGUAAAUAUAGCACUGAGAUCCAUUCCAUUGACAAAAAAAUUAAUAAAACACUAGGUCCACCCCAAACACACGGUUUGAGCACCUGCGAGUCAUCCAUCGUCAGCCAAGUGUCUCCAGUGAUUGCUGUGCAGUUGUGAACAUUGGUUGCCGAACUGAUAUUAAUCUGUCUGUGCAUGGACUUCAUUGUUGUUGGGUUUUGGGUCUGGAUUUCCCCCACUCCCCAUUCCCGAAUCCAACGCAUCCUCUCCAUUCCUCAUUCCCAUCUUUGGUGUCUCAAUAUUCUUAGUCUCUUUUGAGUCUUAGGAUAUAGUUGUAACAUUUGGGUUAAUCAGGCUGGCCGGCUCCUGGAGGACUCCGGAACUGGAUUUUAUGGCUGGAUUUGGUCAGAAGAACCCAGUGGACUUAGAACAUCUGCUGUGAUUGUGUGAGACAGCCUACCUGUUACCGUUCAGGAGAAAGGAAUCCGUUCAAUGGAGAUGGGGUCAGCUAUUUUAUAUUCUAGCUAAGCUGUGAAUUUUCUAAGAGGGCCAUCCAUGUGAGAGAGAUGUAUAUUUUUGGGGCUAAAAGGUUGGUGUUUUGAAUACUGUGAAUGAAGAUUUCUUUUUCCCACGAUGUUAAGAAGCAAAGAUCAGUUCCGGGAUUCUCGUUUCCUCUGGAUCACACUGAAACUCCUGCAUUGAUGUCUGGUCAUUGCACUGUGAUUGAUAGUGGCAUGACACACGUGUGGCCUUUGUGACCAGGCUGGCACAAGUUUGUUCUCAGUGUCUGUGGAGUACCUAAGAUGAACAGUAAGACACUACAGAAGGGAAUGAUAAAGACUUUGGGUGAUUGACUAUACCUGGCAGUUUCUACUGUCCCUGAAUAUUUAGUUUGUUCAGCCACAGAUGUCAUUAAUGGUAAUGUCUGAGAGACAAAAAAAAAAGUCCUUUCCAACUUUGCCUUGUUAGAGCCACGCCUGGUACAUAUCUACUUCAGUCAAAUGUCAAUGAUGUCAAUUAUUUCUUGAGAGGUUUUAUGUUGUGCAUAAAGGCUUUAAGGACUGUAUUUGCUCUUAUUUCUUUGUGGAUUUAUGUAUGUGUGUGUGUGUGUGUAUUAAAAACAAAAUGACAUUUUAAAUAUAAUGGUCUGGAUUCAAACUAACAGCAAACAGGAAAUUCAAAAUUAUGGCUAGCUCUUUGUUCUUAAUUGAAAAGAAAAAGGAAGUGGCAGGAAGAGGGGAAGAAACAGACACAAAAUUUUGCUGUUGUCAGAGAUUUUGAUUUCACUGGAUUUUGUUAGUUUAGGCCAAAACUUAGAAUGUCAUUUUAAGUAUAGAUUUUUUAAAAAAAAAUAGUUUCCUUGUUUUUAAAAGGAAAAAAAUUAUGAAAAGUCAUGAAAGAAGUAUUAAUUAUAAUACUUAACACUUAGUGCUUUAUGGGACGUGUUCUGCUCUCAAUUACAAGGGGGUAACUCCAAAAUAAUCCCUGUAGAGUUAGGAGUAAAUCCUGCAAUGCACUGAAAUGGAUGGAUCACUUGAAGAUUAUCUGUUCUGUUCGUUCCCUCUGGGGCACCUGGCAUUGGCCUCUGUUGAAAGACAUGCUACUUGGCUAGAUAGACCCAGUAUGGACAUUUUUUGUUAUUUUGAAGAAAACGGGAGUGCUGCCUUCAUUCAGUGUGUGCAGGAGAAGAUAUUUAUUCCAGAUUAACACCACUAUAAGGGUGAAUUUGAUUCCUGUACACAGAGACCAGAAAAAGGGCUAUGUACCACUUAAAUAUACUUUCAGGUCCUAAAUAGAACUGAUGUGAUGCAUAGGCUUUUAGCCAGUCCUCUGCCCAGGUUUGAUGCUAACCGAGACUAGAAUUUGUCCCCCUGUAUUCCAGACAUUGUGCAAAAAUUACAUAAGUACUUUUUAACUGAUAGAUUGGAAACUUUGCUCUCAUCAGAAGCUGUAAAUAGCUAUUUUAGCAAAUUUCCCAAUGAAUUGUGUUCUUAGUGGACCAGAAAGGCAUUGAAGAGGGAGAAGGGUAAAGUCAGAUCUAUCCGGUAAAUAUAUACUUAUAAUUUUUUAAACAAAACUAAUAUUAAAUGAACAGAUGAAAUUUAGUUUUGUAUUUGCUGCAGUAUGGACUUUUAUGAGGCUAAUACUGACAAUACUGUAUGUGUAUUUUAAAAAGAAAUUAUGGACAAAGCAUAUUUUGCAUGAAUGCUCACUAGCUAAUUUUCAGUCAUUUUAAAAUUUGUCUCUGGUUGGAGAAUCUUUUUGUGCCAUAUUCAAUCCAGAGCAAGAGGGGUUUUUUGCUCUAACACUUCUAAAAUCCUCUCCGAAUUGAGUUGGUGGAUCUCAGCCCAGUCCCUCGUGGUCAAGUGUCCACCACACAAAACCACACUCACAAUUGGCACACAAGGGAGGCCAGCUCAUAGACUGAUGUAAAUUAGUGCAACACCACUGGCAUCCAUGUCACUAUGCCAUUUUACCUCAGCUAAGGAUCUGGCAAUGAUAUAUUAUUAAUUUUGGCAAUCUUAACAAGUGAGACCAAGGACUGAAUGGUCCAGAAGACUAAAUUCACCUCUUGAUUCCUUGAGCCCAUUGUGUUAGAAGCUUCCACACUAUAUGCUGAACAUGUUCAGCAAGCCAGCGGAAUGUGACCCAUGUAACAUGCAGAGAGCUGCAUACAUGGCACACAAUGAUAAACAUGUUGAAAACCACUGUGACAGAUCAAUAAAGACUUCAGUCUUUGAGAAGGUCCAUCCAGUACUGUGCACCAACAAUGAAUUUACUGGAAGUUGUAUCUCUCUAUAUACUUAAAUAGUCUCUAAAGUGCAUACAAAUCUCUUCUAUUGGGAUUUUUUGCUGGAAGUGCUGACCAUGCUUACAGCCGGGGCAUUCCCAUGGCCACACUAAUGCUCAGUGUAACUCGAAAGAUCAUACUUCAGGUGUAUAUAGAGAAACCAGUAGUUACAUCAACAAAGAUUCUAAUGCCAUUGCACAAAGUAUGCUCUUGGGUAUCUUUAUGUUGAAUGUAAAUUGAAGACCCUAGAUGUGCAUGUUCCCACUUCUGGUGACCAUCAUUACUAAGCAUCAAGAUAGAAGGAACCAAAAGAAAGCAUUGCUUCAAAGCGGGUGUAAAUAUCGAUUCAUGUGUAACAGUGUUUGUUUUAUUUCUCACUGUGAAAUAUGUUUUGGAGUUAGAAAGUACAUGUUAUUAAAAAUGUAGUUUAAAAAAAUGUGUGCUUAUGCUCCUUGAGCCAUUUUUAUAAUGUGCCAAUUAUACAUUUCUUGUCUAAUAUUCCUCUUUUGUUUUUGUACAUGUACAACGUCUUCUGUACUGCAGCUUUUGUGGGUUUGUAGCCCAUAGAGCUACUGUUUGAUUGUCGACUGUGGAAUGGGAAGUUCUGCUAAGAGAUGUAUUUUAAUAUUCUGAAGCAAAUACUAAGUCAGAGCUGUGUGAUAUUUCAGUGGUGUUGCGCACUCUGAUCUCUCUGGGGCAUUUUUUGGAUUUGGGGGUGUUCAGCACUUCUGAAAAUCAGACCUUGGGUGUCGAAAUGUAUGCAGCUCAAUAAAAGCAGUCUGAAUUCCAAAGGCACUAAGGGUGAAAAAUCCAGCUGCUUUGUCUAACUUAUAUACCCAUGUUUGAAAAAAACUGGUUUUAAGAUUUUAAAGGCACGAUCUCAGUGGUGUUGAAGACAGACUUUCCCUUUUCUUUUUAAACUGUGCCAGACAUUUCCCAUGGAUAUACAGGUCUAAUGCAAGUUACCUAGUUACAGUAGUAGGCUUAGAGAAGAACAACCCACACAGAAUAAUCCAGAAGUUGUUUCUAUGAUAUAGUGAGUGAGAAAUAGUGUCUUACAGGAUUGGUGCAAAGAACUAAACGUGUGGAACACUCUUACUAUAAUGUUAUGAGCCAUUAUUUUCUAAGGCACCAGUCUUCAGAUAUGCGGCAUGGUAUUCAGCAGCUUGCAGGAUCCUAAUAUUUAUUUUUUUCUACAAGGGCUUUUCCAGAAUCCUAAAACCAAUGGGCAACAUGAAAUAGGCCAGGGUUUGCUUAGAAGAUCCAUGCCAUGAGUCUCACUGCACAUGGACUUCUUCUGGGCGAAAAACUCAUAAUUUAAACUGUCUGUAUUCCCAAGGUGACAAGUUAUGCCUAGAUUGCUUACAUUGCUAUCCGUUACACUAACAGGGCUAGAAAAAUUAUAUUUUUGUGGGAGUUAUCAGAGGUAGUGGUUCCUGAAGUGCCUUUUAGGACUAGAGAGCAGUUGGAGAGGUGAAAUCAAUUUCAGAUUAUUGGUUUUAACUUUAGCAAGCAGGUAGUAUCUUUUAAUAUAUAAAUUAGUGAUCAGUAUAACCAUAUGCUACAAUAUGGUAAAUGGUAAUGGGCUGAAAUUAGAAGCACAACCGUACCUGGACUGGCAUGAUAUGCUUGUGCCUGACAUCUGUGAGAGUUUUGCCAUUGAAAUGGAAGGAAAUUAGGCUCUUCAAUUGUGAAAAUAGAUCCAAAGUUCAUUGACAUCAGUUGGGAAUUUUGACACCAACUCCAAUGAACUGUCGACAAGCCCGUAAUAUAGGCUCAAAUCUGGCUUCUGGUCUCAGCACCACUAGUGUAAAUCAGACAUAACUCCAUGAACUUUACUUCAACUGAUGUAAAUGAGAUCAGAGCUGGAACAUGGCUGCCUUGAAACCAUGUCACAGGAUA